UUCCUGGGGCCGCUGGUGAAGAUGUCGCGACCGCCCCCCGGGGCCCCUGAGCCCCCGAGACGUCGCGGCGGCGGCGGAGGCCGGAGCCCCCCAGCGUGAGGCUCGAGGCGUCCGUCGGGCUCCGUCGUCCGGCUCGGCUCCGUCUCCCCAGCCAGCGUCCCGGCCAGGUGCGUGCUGGGCCGGCCGCCGCGCCAGAUUUUAUCAUGUGGGCAACCUGCUGCAACUGGUUCUGCAUGGAUGGACAGCCUGAGGCGGCCUCACAGCCCCAGGGAGCCAGGGCUCAGGCUUAUUCCAACCCUGGCUAUAGCUCCUUCCCUUCCCCAACAGGCUCAGAACCAAGCUGCAAAGCCUGUGGUGUCCACUUUGCAAACUCAACUAGGAAGCAGCAGACCUGCUUGGAUUGCAAGAAGAAUUUCUGCAUGACCUGCUCAAGCCAAGUGGGCAAUGGACCCCGCAUCUGCCUCCUCUGCCAACGAUUCCGGGCCACGACCUUCCAGCGGGAGGAGCUUAUGAAGAUGAAGGUGAAAGACCUUCGGGACUAUCUCAGCCUCCAUGACAUCUCUACCGAAAUGUGCCGGGAGAAGGAGGAGCUGGUGUUCCUGGUGCUUGGCCAGGAGGGCAGGACUCGGGCCCCCACCUUGUCCUCGGACUCUCCUGAGCAGCAGGCCUUCCUGAGCCAGCCGCACACCAGCACAGUACCUGCUACCUCAUCCCACCCCUCUCCUUCACCCACACAGCCCCCUGCCAGCCCCCCAGUCCAGGCUCAGGAAAGCCAGCAGGCCAAUGGCCAUGUGUCUCAGGACCAAGAGGAAGUCGGCGACUUGGAGAGCACAGCCAGAGCACCUGCUGAGGACGAGACCCAGUCCAUCAACUCUGAGGACAGCUUUGUCCCUGGCCGGCGUGCAUCACUGUCUGACCUGACUGACCUAGAUGACAUCGAAGGCCUCACCGUGAGGCAACUGAAGGAGAUAUUGGCUCGCAACUUUGUCAACUACAAGGGCUGCUGCGAGAAGUGGGAGCUGAUGGAGAGGGUGACGCGGCUAUACAAAGAUCAGAAAGGACUCCAGCAUCUGGUGUGUGCUGCCGAGGACCAAAAUGGAGGAUCAGUGCCACCUGCCCUGGAGGAGAACCUGUGCAGGAUCUGCAUGGAUUCACCCAUCGACUGUGUCCUGCUGGAGUGUGGUCACAUGGUAACCUGUACCAAGUGUGGCAAGCGCAUGAACGAGUGUCCCAUCUGCCGACAGUAUGUGAUCCGAGCAGUGCAUGUCUUCCGAUCCUGAGGGCUUGUAUCGGCUGCUUCAGUGCCUUACAGGACAGAGCUCGAGAUGUCUGGGCCCUGGCUUGGCUAGCUAGCAUCGGGGCAAAUCAGCAGGAGAAUCUGUGCUGUUCCCAACACAAGCACAGGCGGCACGUUACCUCCAAGCGUGCCUGAAUAGCUACCAGGGGUGCACUUGUCAGCCAGAAGAGCCCAAGGCCAGUGGGCACUGGUACUGAUUGCAUGGGCAAGUCCCCAUUUCAGUGAUUUUGGGUGGUGAAGGUAAUGAACGGAGAGGACCUUCCAGAACUCAAGGACUCGCCCUCUCUUCCUCCAGCCACCUAGACUGUUUCCUCAUCAUCCUAUGCCCCAUCUGUCCCCUUGAGCUGUUUGCCUCUGUCUCCAAGCACAAGACUUCUUCCCAUAGCACAUCUGGACUAUUUCUGACCUCUCCUGCUUCCUGAACUUUAUUUAUGUAACUGCGAAAGUCUUUCGCUACGUUGCCUAAAAUCCAUUUGUUAGACCAAAAAAUGUUUGUUAGUUUAUCAGAUCCUUAGUGAUCAUUCUUAGGGCAGAAUUUGGACUAGCAAACUUGUUCUCUGUUGAGAAAUGAAACACAAAUGCAACCAGAUGUUCUUGAAGCUGUUAAAAGUUGCCCCUUAUACACUGGGAUUGAGAAGCUGCCCAUCCCAAUUGACACUGAGGACUAGCAGAGCACCUGGGCCCUGCUGCUGCUUUUGGGACCUGGCUGUGUCAUCUUUAGUUUCAGUACUAAGGAAAAGGAUAUAUACUGAGUGAAAGCAUUAGCUUUCCACUUCACUUAGACAUCUUUGAUGAAUGGGACACUUGAAGCACUUUCUCCAACUAUACAGUGUGUGUACCUCACUCCUUUCCAUGGAGGUCUUAAACAUGAUCUUAUGGAAGGCAUAUUGAGGCAAAGAACUUUGCUCUUCUCUGGCCAGAUUUAGCCCUAACCCCCUGCAAAACAAACUUGCAAGACAGAGCAUGUAACUGUUAUUAGAAAGUAUUGGAUAAGGCUAAAUUCAGUCUUGAGUAGAACAGGACCCCACAUGUUGGGAUAAGGGAGGCUGAUCAGGAAACAUCCUCCAGGUGGAGGUGAGAGUGAGGCUCUGGAAAGUUUGCUGGACACAUACCCACACCCCACGCCCCUAUGUUCUUAGGGCUGGAGUUUGCUGAAGCAGCAUAGUACUCACAGACACACAAAUCUGUGUUCCUGCUACCAAUGAUGAAUUAUGAAAAACCUUCACGCUGAGGCCUUGGCAGAUCCCUCCUUUUGCCAAGACCUCAAAACUAGAACUGAAGUAGUGGGGAACUCUUUAGGGACCUGUUAAUUGGUCUAGGAAUUCUUAAGGUUACCUCCAUUCCCUCAUCAUCUGUCCUCUGAGGGGAAUGAAAUAACUCCAUACAGUAGUUGUCAGCUGAACACUGGGCCAUUUACCUCAACAUUACACCUAGUCCUGGAUGAAUUGAUUCGGGAUAUUGCCUUUGAUAGGAAUUGAGGGGGGAUUCAGAUUUUCCCAUGAAGAUAUCAUCUUACAUAGUUGUAUCUUUCUGCUGGAUAGUAAAUACUAGUUUACAGUGCCUGCCAGCAAAGGAUUUAGCUUCUGUCUCUAUUUCACUGUGAAACAAGUCCAUACAUGCUAACAUAGGCAACUCAACCAGGGUCUGGCAGCCACUCCAGUGCAGAAAGUUGGCUCUCUCCUUACUUGCUUUCUUUACUGAGGCCUUACCUCUCCCUUCUCCCCAAUAAUCUUCUGCCUAGAAAUGAAUUAAAGAUACCCUCGUUAAAAUUA